AUUUGAGGAAAGAAAUCAACAUAAUGACAAAGAUAACACUACUCCUGAUAACAUUGUCAUUGUUGGUUGUCAGUGGUUUUGCUACUGACUCCAAAGAGAAUAUAGAACCUACUACCACACCUACUAUUUCAUACAAUGAAACUCAUCCUCCAUCUAAUAACACUACUGUCGUAAAGAGUCCUAAUCCAUUAACCUUGAAUGACCUACAAAGUUCAGGCACCUUUUUGCUUCUUAUGUCUCUUAUCUUCGUUCUUGUCAAUGGGUUUCUUGUGGGAAUAGUGGUAAAGAACUGGGAACGGAUCAGUGACUCAGUCUACUACAAUUCCACUCUUCUCUGCAUGCUGCUGACAAGUUCUGACUUUGCUCUUUCUCUGCUCUUAGGACUACCAAUCGGUAUCCGACUAACUUUUGAGAAGCAGCUCCGGGAAAACAAGUUCUUGGUGUACUACACCGAGGAUAUUGGGUAUCUGCUUUUUGAGUAUCUGUACAUUCUUCGAGUGAUCGUAGUUGCUGUUAUAUCUGCAGAAAGAUGCUUGCACAUCCUUCGUCCUUUCAAGUACAUGAUGAUAGCCACCAAGGGCAGAGUUAAAAUCGUCUGCUGGAUCAUAGUCAUCCUGCCCCUUCUAAGAAUCGCCCCUGUGAUAUAUGCCCUAAGUGCAGAUGAUACAUACGUACAUUGCACCUACUACUCUGACGACGGUAAAGACUCAGGCUACCACACUCCUUUGACCUGCAUGCUCGAUAUGCGUGCUGAUAAGCUUCCUGGUUUCGAAAUAGCUGAUAUCGCCAUCAUGUGUUCCUUGAUCGGUAUUAGCUGGUUAACCAUACUGGUUUCUAAUAUCUUCAUCCUGGUGGUGAUCUUUGACAAAGCCUUCGACGGAUACAUUACUCGUCAGUACAGAGUUGAUAUGAAUCUAAAGUUAAUGAAGUGUAGUGUUGUUGUGCUACUUAUCUCUUCAUCAUUUGCCCUCACCAACUUCCCCUAUGCUUACGCCUGGACUGCCCACAUCUUUGGCAAGGAUAAGAACUACAGACAGCAUUUCUACCUCAUUCUCCUUGCUUUCCUGUCCCUCUUCUUCCACCCCUGGUUCUACUGUUUGAGGAUGAAGAAUAUCCGAGAUCUGGUCACCGGAUUCAAGCAAAGGGUUCAUAGUUUUAAGACGAAUUCAAGGGCAUCAACUACAAGCAUCAUGGUCAUGAGUACUGUACGCAGGAGUACCUCAAUGCCACAGACCACUAAAGAAUAUACCCGUGUUGGGUCCAAGGACCUUGUAGGACCAACUGCCAAGGUACCUAUAAAGGAGUCAUCCGCUUGAACUAUCACAGACCAGUGCUAAUUAUAUCGCCAUAAUCUACCAUCGGAAUGAUCAACGUAUACUCAGAGAAGUAUACUAACAUCCCCCAAGACCGUUAGUAUACAUUGGCUAACUGCGAUCGCUUGACCAGUAAAGACAAAUAGCGCACGUGAGAUAUUUACCAUGGACACUUCGGCUCAAGCCUUUUCAACUAGAACCUAUGAACUAAUAGACAUUAGACAAUAUGGAAGUAGCCGUUACAUCCUCUGUGCAAAAGUACCAAGAUAAAAGAUACCACAAUAAAAGAGAAAAAGGAAUCUAGGUAAUAGUAUCGGACUAAGAUUCAACUGAUAAGCAGAUGAUGACCUAGAAGGGUGUUCACAAGAAUUGCGUUUUCAUUUUCAGAAACUUCACAAUUUUUUGAAGUUUAUAUGAUGUCCUAAUUACGCGAAGAUAAUUGCGACGGUACGGGAAAUGAGAAUAACGAACUAACGCAUUUUAUUUUAUCUGAAAAUCGAAACGUGAAAGACUUUUUCAAAGCUUGUAUAAUGUAUAUUGGAUAUUUUUGAAGAAUUUUCUAUUUCAUAAGUCGUGUUGCACUGAGCCUUCUGGCCUAGUUUUUCAACGAAUUAUUGUAAAAUUAUAUAAGAUUUAGAAGAUAUCUUAUUCAUUACUUCUUGAAAGGGUAAAAUAAUUAUUGUGAGUUGUUGGAUGAUUAAAAUUGAUUUCAUGACUGUCAAAAUCUGGUAUGAGAUAAUUGUGAUAUAACUAAUAAUUUAGUAUUACCAUUCCCACUCAAUCUCAGACGAGGUAACUCACCCUAGAACCCACAAAAAGGAUUACCAAUCAGAAAUUUAAAGUGUAAAACUCUCAAGUUUUCAGCAGACGUCCCCCAACUCAGGUGCCCUCAGAUUUUACCUGAUAGACCCACUUUAAAGAACUACCGACAAUUCAAAUAGUUCAGUUAGAACUAAUUAGUGCACAUGUCAACAUGUUAACGUCACUACAAGGUAUGUACAGGGUACAGCACAAUGUGACAACACCAAACUUUUGGCUUUUGGGAAUUUGAAGUUUAAUUUAAGAAAGA